AUGCCUUAUCGAGUGCUGCAGGCUGUCGGCCUGGCAGCACUCACGACCUGUCUGGUCGCCAUUUAUUUCCGUCAGCAGAAGCUUUCAGCUAUCCACAUACACCUAAACACACAUGAAAUGGAGCAUCGUGAUGUCAUUCCUGGCGAUAAACAAAAGACGACGGUCAAAGCGCUGCCCGCUUUGGCGGAGCCCUGGGGAUCACACCACAUGUUCCUCCGGCAGGCACCCUACGACCCCUGCCCAAAGCAGUUCAUAGAGGGCACCUGGACAUCUAAAAGGUCGAUGGGUAAUGCCACUUUGCCACUGACUCUAGAGGCACAACGCGAGAUUCACGAGCAUCAGCACCCCCCCGAUUGCUCCAAAGCGAAGUACCUUGUCUACGCAGUACAUCCCAACGGAAUCGGCGCUGUCUUUCACGUCACCGGUGUCGCGCUGCACCUGGCGCUCGAUCUUGGUCGCGUGUUCGUAGAACAAUCGGGAACCUUCCUCACCGGCCACCCCAAAUGCAAUGGAAAGGAUACCCUGGACUCGUGCUACUUCCUGCCCUUCUCCGGAUGCCGCCCCACGGAGGAACAAAUGAAGUCCGCUGUCACGAUAAGCUUCGAAGACGAAAACCUGUUAGUACAGCCGGGCGCCGACCCGACGACCCUCCACGCCAAUGCUGCUGUUGUGAUUGCCACCCACGGGGCCCUGGUCAAAAUCCGGGCGGCGGCGCCUCGCCGCUUCCAGGCACGUCUAAGCGCCACGGCUAUGGACCCCAAGAAGCACUACUACUGGUGGCGGGCGCAGUCUGUGGCGUACAUGUUGAGACCCAGGCCGGAGGUCCUGGCGGACCUGGAAGAAAGGCGGAGUCGCUUACUGGCGGGUCCCACGCCCCUCCCCGGCUGCAUAAGCGUUCAUGUACGGCACGGGGACAAGGGCGUGGAGGCAGAGGUGUUUGAAGAUAAGAUGUACGACGAGAUUGCGGCCAAGCUUCGCGCGCUGGCCCCGUCCUACUUCACCGACCAGCUGUUUGUGAGUACUGAGGACCCCGAGACCAUUAACUACUUUGUGAACCAGACCAACGGCAAGUGGCACACCGGCUACACGGCGGGAGUGCCGAGGAAGCCCGACAGGCACCGCCCGAACCUGGCCUACAUGGCUGAAAUUGGCUACUACGAGGAGAUGCUGAACUCGUUGCUUAAUUUGGACUUGGCACUGGAGUGCUCGGGCUUCGUGGGCUCCAUCUUCUCCAACUGGGUUCGGCUCAUAGACGAGCUCCGGGCCACCAUGCGCUGCAAGGCCAAUGCAGUCUUUGCGGACGUGCACUACCAGAACCCACACGAGAUGGAUGUCAACUGGUAGGAAAACCCCAAGUAGAGACCAACCCUGAAAGAAUGGGAGAGAGGAGGAGAGUUUGGGUGACUCUUCAGCCCCUCUCCUCACAUUUCUUGGUCACCAGCGGUGCUGGUGGAGCUUGCGGUUACUACAGCGUGGGGCGAUCAAGGAGGCUCCCGCAAACUGGCGGCUUGUUGCAGUCUGCUAGCUAGCCCCUACCAACUCCCAAUCUAGUGGCAAGUCUUAGCUCGGCGGUAUUUUCUCCCUAGAAGCCUUUCGACCCUGCUUGGUAAGGCCUUCACAGGGAAAGACUAAGGGGUGGUAUGGGGGGCUUGUUUGCGACUUAAAACAUUGCUGGGCAUUUGGGCCGCCUUGAUUUGGGUGAGGAGGGAGGGAGGUGGGAGGUGCCCCAGCGGGUGCAGGGGGUGACUAGGGAUAAUGCGUGUGGGUGUCGUAAACGUGCAUGCCAGUGAACGAACUAGCAAGGGCUAGGGUCCCGAGAGCAGGAGGAGCGGGAAGUGUGGCGGCCAUCUCAGGAGUUUGGUGUGUGGGGUUCUAUGGCGGUUGUCAGGAUGUUACACCGAUCGUUUCCAUAGAUCUAUGGGGAUGGCACCCGCCUGGAUGGGGGGCAGCAGGCUUUGGCCUGUGGAAGGGGCCGGCCCCUAGGAAAGAAGCUACUAGAAGGGUAGAGGCAGUCCGUGUGUUUUGGGUGUGUGUGGAUUAAGGGGUCCUUUUUGCCCUCGCGCGUGCGAAUCCAGCGGCUCUCGAGACUGGCGAGGCUAGCUUGAUUUUGGUUUUGUCCUUGCGAUCUCCGG